UAAAAAUGUCUUCAAACCAACAAUUCGAUUCAAAUUCCCCCUACAAAACAGCUAGUGGCGUCCUACCAAGUACCCUCGUGUCUCGGAACAAAUCAAGAUUCUCCACUUCUUCCCAGCCAAACAUCAGAGGUCCCACUACAAAAUCUACUAAUAACCUCAAGCUUGCACAUAAACUGAACAAGCAUUUCUCAAAAUAACCAAAGAACCAGGGACCAGAAGGGAAAAUUUGCCAGAGCUAGGGGCAGCUUAAAUGGUAAAUGGGUGCAAAUUGGUCUUGGAAAUGCAAGCAAAGAAGAGAUUGGCAACAACACCUCAAUGGGGAAGAGAUCAAAACAAAAUAUUAAUUUAAAAAAUAAAAAUUUCAAGCUACUUCAGAAAAUGAGCCAGAUGAAAGGAAACUCAUCAGUAGAUGACAUUAAUCAAGAUAAUCCGACGAAUAAGUUCAUCGAUUACACCAAUGGACAUAAUCUAUCAGAAUAUAGAAAUGUACUUGAUCACAGACAGAUUGGCAAUGGGCAAGUCCAAUGGAUAAUGAGACUUCGAGAGAAUUUCCAAGGUUUUGGCAACCAAGAAGAUAGUAACAAAAGUAGAAGUGAAUCUACAUCAAAACUAUCCAGCUAUGCUCAUCCUCCAUCAUGCUAUUUCAAAGAAAAACAAAGAAACAAGAAGACAAUUUCAGACGUGAAAUACGUUGGAAAUACCUUGGACAUAAUGCAUGGUCUAAAAUGUGCAAAGGGAGGUUACAAAGAACUUGAGCAUCUUGUGAACAUAAGGUCAUCCUCAACAGAUACUAUCUCAAGGAGUACUGCAAAAUCGUUGUCAAAGAGUAGAUACAAUCACAAAUAGAAACUUCCAGAUCUUGCCGAUUUGAAAGAACAGCAAGGAUUAUUCUUUUUACCUCCCUCAUGACAAGAAGAGUAUUCUAUUAAGGAAGUCUAUCAAAGUUAAGGUCAGGAAUGACCCUUAUGAUCUGCCAAAAUACACUUCGAAGUUGAAGGACAAGAAUGUGAAUAACUCUAGACAUCUGAUGCACUCUUGUCAGCAUAUGUCUUCUCUAAAAUGGGAAGCUGGUCUAAGAGAUUACUAAUUUUCAAUUUUC